AUUGCAGUCUUAUUCGUCUUUAUUAAAAAAAACAAGAUAUCAGCCAGGUUUAUACCACGGGAUUGUCAGUUCAAACUUUUUUUUGUUGUUGUGGUAGUCAAGAAUAUGCCAGGCCAAGAUCCUUAAUGCACAUCCUGUUAUCAGCUUCAUUUGUCAACAAAACUGCCCUGCACCGCCUCGUCACAGUGUGAUUGAUCAGAGCGUAACCUAUUUAUCAUCUUGUCUCAGUAUUUUCACAUAACUCACAAGAGAGAUUACCAUGUGCUGAUCAUGUGCUUUUACAAAAGAAGGCCAACACCUUGUAGGGCGGAUGGCGGGCUUUUCACUGGAGGACAUCCAAAUUGGUUACUUUAAAAUGCCCCACCCAUUUUUUAAAGCACACAUUAAAUAGCCUGUUUACAGUAGUCCUGUAUACACAGUUGGACAGGAGCUGCGAGUCCAUCACUGUAGUGCAGGCACAGGAACUUUUUACCUACAGGGGAUAUUAUUUGCUUUACUUGCAGAGGUGAAACAAGCUGUAUCUGAAGCCUGUGUGUGUCGGGCUUGAGUUGAAAACAUGGGAAACGAGCUGUCAACAGCCAAAGAGCGAACUAAGAGUCUGAAAAAAGCUGGGAAGCAAGAAAAUGGAUCAGUCUCUGCGAAUAUCACUGCAAAUGGACUGGCGGUUGAUGUCAAAGCUGACACCCCUGUCCAGCUAAAUGGAGGGCCUCCAUCUUUAGACCACCCCACAGACACAACAGACGGUCCCGUGGAGGUCAAAACGGACUCUGAACCAGCUCCAAUUGCUUCAGCUAUUUCUGACAUCCUGGAAACUGCCACCAACACAGAAGCUGUCCUGGAAACCGUGAACAACAAAAAGGACGAGGUCCUGGAGAUUGUGAACAACACAAAGGACGAGGUCCUGGAAAUCGCCAAUGACAAGAAGGACGAGGUCCUGGGAAUCGCGAACGACAAGAAGGACGAGGUCCUGGGAAUCGUGAAUGACAAGAAGGAUGAGGUCCUGGAAGCCGUGAACAAGACGGACGAGGUCCUGGAAAUCGUGAAUGACAAGAAGGAUGAAGUCCUGGAAAUCGUGAACAUCAAGAAGGAGGAAGUGAAGAAACCUAAAAAGACUCUGUUUGGCAUGUUCAAAAAGAAGGUAGAUCCUCCUCCUGAAGUUCCCGCAGCUGAAGUUGAAGAAAACAAGGGCACAAAUGAAAAAGAGGAAAGUCCUCCUGCCACAGAACCUGAGACGGCUGAGGUAGAGCAAGUACCAGAGCCAGAGCCAUCACCACCGCCAGAAGCACUACCGGAGCCAGAGAGUGCGACUCCAGAGCCGGUUCCAGAGGAAGAAAAAGCUCCUGAACCAGAACCAGAAAACGGUGAACCUGAGGAAAAGGAAGAGGAGAAUAUCCUAGAAGAAAAUUCAGUUAUGAACUUCUUCAAAACACUAGUGACUCCCACUAAACCAACCAAAAAGGAAACAGCCGCUCCUGCUGCCGCAAAAGACCAGUCCCCGCAGGAGAGCCAACCAGAAACAACCACGACUGUCGCACAAGUAUCUGAACCUCCAGCAGUACCCAAAGGAAUGUCUAUCCCACCGCCGCCUCCUCCAGAGCCACCGAAAAUGGAAAUCAAAGCGGAACCAGCGAAAUCGUCUCCAAAACCAGAACCAAAAGCUGCUGCAAAGGAGCCAGAGUCCAAAGGAAAAUCCGCCAAAAGCGCUCUGAGCAAAUUCUUCAGUCCAAAGACAAUCAAGGAACCAGAGCCGACUGUAGAAGUAGAUGCACAACCAGUUGUAGAAGCACAGGAGACUCCGGUGGAGGUACCUGAGCCUGCUGUAGAAGUCCAGACUGAAAUUGUUGAACCCCCGGAGACAGCAGAGGAGGCAGAGCAGCCAGUUGUAGAGGAGCAGAAGGUGGAUCCCUCAAAAGUCGUCACUCUGGAGGCUGCUGCAAAGCCGGAACCGCCGCCGCCUGCUCAGGAAGAGAAGAAACCAGACACAAAAGCAGCCUUCCUUUCUUUCUUCAAGCCUAAAAGUCUGAAACGUAACUCUACAGAGGCCGAGGUCCAGACGGAGUCAGCCGCUGCUGCAGCAGCCGAGAAGGCCAAAUGAAACCAAAACCAACACUGAAGUUUCUCUGUACAGACUUUCUCUUCCUUGCUCUUACUCAAUCUUUAUCUCUCUUUAUAUCACCUCCCCUUCCUUCCAUCCCUCUCUUUAACUACCUUUUCUGUCUCUGUUACUGUUAAGAAGUCACAAUGCAAAGAGCAAAGAGUCCGGGAGAAUUCAAGCAAGUGUGGGACGGAUGAGCCACGAGCAGGAGGGUUCAACAGGUGGAAAUAAAGGAUGGCAGGGUCGUUGAGAAAAAUCUAUAUAUUUUUGGUUAUAUAAAUGUCUUGACAAGUGUGUGUGAAACAUUUUCUACAAUGUGACUUCUGUCUGUUCUCACCACCUGACACACUGGGCUUUUUACAAUACACAGAAUCAUACAGUCGUGGCGACGCAGAGGAUAAAAAAAAAGGAUAUUGAAAAAAAGUACUUUAUUGUAUAUAACAUUUAACGUAACAGCUCCUUAUAGAGCCGAUAAGAAGAUCACGUUUCUAUAACAAACUGCACUCACAGAUUUGUUAACUCUAUGCAAGCUAAAUGUAAAACUAAAGCACAUACUUUAACACGUCAUGUUUUUGGGUCAUGUGGGAAAAUCACAAUCUUUACCGCUCUGUGGGGACCUGAUUGUAAGUGUUCACAAUAACAAAUGCAUCCGAGGUGGCAGAAUGGUGUCCUUGUGCAAAUGUGUCCUUGUGGUACGUUUUUUGCAGUUCUCAUACAUCACAGACGAUUAGCUUUUAAUUUGAUCGCAGCACUUUGUGUCGUGUAUCUAAACGUGCAUGUCUUAUGGUGUUAGUCAUUUGUGUUUGGCGUAUGUGCAAUUAAUAACAUGCUUUUGUUUGCCUACAAGUAUGUAUGUAAGCUUAACUUUAGCCAUCUUGAAGACAAUAAACAUGUUCAACAUUU